AUACCGGAUUGGUGUGAACAAUUAUUUAAUUUACUUCUGCAGUCGCGACACCGCUAGGUUUGUUGUGUAUAUAUAAAGCGCUGCUUCUUGCAGGCAUUCAGGCAAAUGUCUCCUCCCCCUUUGAGUUAAGUCAGUGCUAUUUCCCCGCUCGUCUCCUAUUGUCACCAUAGGAAAAAGGUUUUUGACCCAUAGCAAUCAACUAAAGUCGAGUGCCGUGCCUGAAGUGUACAUGUCCAUGUUUAUUCUGUGUAUAACGACCCGUGUUAUUAAAAAGAGUCUGCGUUACUGUGGUGUGAAUGCUGUGCUUGGUUCGGGGUUUAGAGAGACCGGGCUGUAAGUAGGUCGGGCCGGGUUUAAGCGGCUUAACUACGUCAGCCUAAGCUGGGAGGAAUUCAUUGUAGAGCCCUCCGCGGUAGGCGGGGGCCUAAACGAGGCUGGCCUAGUUAAGCCUGAUUCUUAUUGUGUGCAGUCUGUUUUUGUUGUGCAACACAGCAGAGAGGACCAAAGGCAGCGUGUAUAGGUUCCCAUGCAUGCAAGGCAUGGAUUGGUUUUGAUUGGGAAAAACAGGAAACGAAACGAACGUUUUUCUGUUUAAGAAUUAAACCGGUAUCAGCUUCAUCGCCCUGGACAAAGACAAGGACAGCUGGAGGCCAUUAUUACGAUCAGGGACAAAGGGAGCUCGGGUGGAGCGGCGAAGAGUCAAAGUUCACAAGUGGGGCAAUUGAAAGGUGUCAGAUCAGAGGCACUAUUUUGCCCCGCGUCGGCCCUGCCAUGCUGUGAAGAUGGCAUCGAGCUCCUUGUUUCUGUCUAGCAUGGUGGGCAAGUCGCGCUCCUCCAACUUCACCCUUUCCGAGAAGCUCGACCUGUUGAAGCUGGUGCGCCCUCAUGUGCGCAUUCUGGAGGAGCACACCAACAAGCAUGCCGUCAUCGUAGACAAGAACAAGUGUUGGGACACCGUGGCCGACCAGUACAACUCGCUGGGAGGGGACAGACCCCAGCGCACCGCUCAGGGCCUCCGGACUCUAUACAAGAGACUGAAGGAGUCGGCCAAGCAGGAGCUGAUGCAGAGGAGACACGCCCAGCCCGAAUACAGGGGGAGCAUUUCGGAGCCAACCAGGAGGGUGAUGGAGAUGAUUCCUCAGUUGUUUCACCACGUGCCCGUACAGGAUAAAGACCAAGCGCUGCGCAGGUUAAUAUACAACAAACACAACUCUCCCAUCGAGCACCCGGCCAGCAGCUCCUCUCUGCCCGGCCUGCAGGAUUACCCAGCAGCCCUCCCGCUUGCCCACAAGCUGGUCCAGCUGGAGCCCGAGGAGGAUGUGAAGCCGCCUCCCGAGCUCCCCGUCCUACCCCUCGUCACGGGGCCGGAAGGGGUCAGGGAACAGGAGCAGGUAGGCAACGUUGACGACGAGUCUCUGGUCAGCGUGCAGGACUACGAGCCGUCCCUGUCCCCCGCCCUGUCCACCUCCUCGGUCAACAUCCCCCUCUCCGGGUCACCACUGGUGGACCCCCACCACGACCUGUACCCCAACGUCCUGUACCCCCACGACCACCUGGAGCACGAGCGCUUCCGGCCCCACCACUUUGCCAAGGAGGAGCACGAGCUGGUGCUAGCCAACCACCAGAAGGUGGCGGUGUACCUGGAGGAGAAGAGGGAGGGGCUGAAGAGGAAGCAGGAGCUGGAGGAGGAGCUACUGAGAGCCAAGAUCAAGGUGGAGCGGCUGAGGGCGGCCAGACUGAGACACGGGCUGCCUCUGCCUCUAUAGCACAAGCCUGAGGAGACACAGCCUGCCUUUGGUAGCAAUGCCCUUAAACUCUUGAACGGGACCCACAAUGGGUCGCGGUCCGGUUGGAGGUGGGUCGCAACCCCCGAAACACGGGAGUGCUCAGAGUGUGUGGUCGGGACCCAAGGACACACUGAAAUGGUCUUUUGGUCCAGAGAUGAACGUGUGGAGGAACCUCUGCUCUAUAGCACACAUAAUGGCACCCUAAGUCUGAGGAGAGGACUGAAGAAUCCCUCAGCCUCAAUGGAUGAAUAUUUUCUUAGUUUUGCUUGAGACCCGUUUUAGCCCAAAAUACUUUUGAGGGCCGUAGUCUAACGAUGCAUUGCCUACAGCCCAAUUUUCAUCAGAGUAAAUCCAAUCAUCCAAAACAUUUUUGUCAUAUUUUUAUGGCAGAUACGACCAUAUUACUAAUGACCUGCCAGUGCAAAACCUUACUAUGCUCAAAUGUAAGGGAAUGAACCGUGUGAUUAGGUAUUUUCUACAUUUCAGAAUGUGUAUUUGCCCCUGUUGGGUUAGUUUAGUGGCUGGCCAUUUUAUAUUAAUUUGAGAACAGUUUGCAAAGAAGAGCUCAAGCUAGUUCCUACAAGGUUUGAGAAGCAUGCAAAGAUUGGAAAAAUAAGCCUUUCAAUGCAAUCCUUAAUUAUUUUGAAGAUGAAUGGACAUUAAGACAUUAGCACUGUGAUACUUCUAUGUUUUGGUGGGAUGAGCCCUUCCACUUCAAGGCCUUGACAAGACAUUUGUGAUGUCUUGUCAACAGAAAUCCUCAUAUGGAGAUCUAAAAUAAAUAAAUAACAGGGAGCACAUGGAAGCUUUAUAUAUUGAAUGGAAUCUUUGAUGUGUGAUGUUGUUUAAAUGUUGUGCUAAUAAUGGUACAAGAGUGUUCCUCUGUCCCAGUUCAAUGUUCAUGCACUUAUUAAAAAAUAAUUAACCGUUUUAUGGUUCUUACACAUUAGCUCUGCAUCACAUCUCCUAUCUUCAGUCUGGUGUUACAACACAUAUUUUACUGGUCAUUUAUUUCGAUGUAUAAAAUGGUUUCCGUGUGUUUACUCGUGUAUUGUGGUUGACCUGGAGUGGAUUAUCUAUAAACCCGAUGGCACAUUUGGCAGUUAAACUGUUGUGUAGCGCCCUCCACUGGUGGGUUUAUAUAUUUUUGAACAGUCGAGUUCUCUAUUGGUUAACGUCUUCAUCCACUGUAGAUUUCUCCCUUUGU